AUGCGAUUAGAAUGCGAUGUUAUGGUGAUGAAAGCAGGAUGCUGUGGGGGAUCGAAGAGCUUGCCGUUGCCGUCCAAAUGUAGUAAAGGAAUUGUGAGGCUUGGCAAAAAUCACACUAAGAGUGGUGUGCGGUACCUAUUACAUGUGGCAACCCGACGUGACACUAAAGCGCCGCCCAUUGAGAUAGCCCCGAAUAAUAUUCGAGAACUGCACCUGCAACGAAUUACAUCAGGUCGCGCCUCCUUUGCCUUCAACAACCCUGCCGUUUCAGUUUUCAUAAUGAAGAGUAACCCAGCACAUCUUCAGCGCUUUAUCCGUAAUUUCCAGGACAUUUUAAAAGGCGAUGAUGUUUCUUUGAAGUCGUUAGAUAAAGUGAAAACGACAGACUUCAAAGUUCAACCGAAAAAGUUGUGUGUCUUGAAAAAGGAGGAUUUGAUUGGGAUUGCUUAUCCGUCAUCGUUGGAGACUCUGGAGUUGAUCUCACUGGGUAUCGAUAGCGUCGACAGCCGCUGGUUUUCAUUACCAACCCUCUAUCAGCUGGAUUUGUCGCGGAACCGCCUUGGACAGGCGUCAAAUUUCGUGAAAAUAAAGCUGAUAUCGCGGUUAAGCAACCUACGUGUUCUUUCAUUGGAAGAUAAUCAAAUAGAAACAUUGAGAGCCGUGCCUCUCUUCUUUGAAUCACUUCCACAAUCGCUUCAAGUCCUAAGUCUAGCCAUGAAUCGUCUCAAGACAUUGCCCAGCUCCAUCGUGAAAGUGCGACAUCUUCAGACACUUGUCCUCAGCUUUAACGAGUUGAGCAGCUUACCGAGAGAUAUGUCCGAUAUGCGACUUAGGAAUUUAUUCGUUGAUAAUAAUCGCAUCACUUUCUUACCUCAUGAUCUCAAAAGUCAAAAAUUUGAAAGAUUGGACUGUGAUAAUAAUCCUUUUGGUAAUUCCGUG